AAAUGUUAAGAUCAUUAAAUAUACCAGUAUAUACUCUAAGUGUUUCGUAAAUAGUUAUCUUUAAAACAAAGCAACGAAAUGUCGUAUUUCUAAUUAAAUGAAGAUUUUGUUGAUGACUUUUAAAAUGAACUCUCCGUGCGAAACAGGUGAUUCAAUAUCGUUAAACUAAUAACCACAACGACAGUUAGAUAGGGCAGAGAACUCUUCAAAGGCAUUGAAAUUUUCUCUUUGGAAAAAAGGGUCUUGACGCCAAAACAAGCCCGGAAGACAUCAUCUUUUGCACUUCUAAAGACAUAAAACAAAAGAGAACAUAACGAGAUUGGCAGAAACGAAAUAACUCUUGGGCGUCUGACAGAAAUGUCUUCUCCGACCAUCAGCACAACACUCCCUUCUUCAGACAACAACAGUACCAGCUUAAAUCCCAUGACAACUGGCGUUAAAAUCGCAGCCUACCUUGUCGUCUUAAUUUUCAGUCUUAUCGGAAACUCCUUGCUGGUUGCAAUAGUGUACAAGAACGCCAACAAGCGAAUGCGAACUCCGAGUAAUUACUUCAUCGUGAACAUGGCCUUGGCCGACAUAUUAGUGGUUGCUUAUGCGGUUCCUCAGAAUAUUGUCUUGACUGUUUAUAACUUUCGAUGGCUUGUCGGAGGAGUAGCUGGUCAGAUCCUCUGUCGCUUUUCCUUCUUCGUUACUCAACUGCCAAUCUUGGUUUCUACCGGAAGUCUUCUUAUAGUGGCUUUGGAUCGCUAUUUUCUGGUGUUUUAUCCGAUGAAAAGAAUAAUCACGAUUCAAAUCGCCCGUCGUAUAAUUAUCACCGUGUGGAGUUUCACUGCAGUGUUUACUGCCCCUUUAUUCGCCUUGAUCGCGGUAGUGGAGGUUCCCCCCGGAAUUCUUUACUGCGCCAUUGAAUUUAAGAAGCUAGGCUUGGCAGUCUCAUAUUUCUUGUUUUGCUACACCACCAUAAUAGCUAUACCACUUGUCAUCAUCAUCGCUCUUUACGUUGCCAUUGGAUUCAAAAUCAGUCGGGCUGCACCGCCCGGAAACCAACUGCCAUCGACUCAGGAAAGGAGGGAACGGAUAACACACAAGGUUUUGGCAAUGCUUAGCGCUAUUGUUGCAGCGUUGAUUUUGUUUCGUUUGCCUCUAGUUAUUGGACUGAUAGUUUGUUUUAGCCGCUUUCAUCAUCUUUGCGGUAAGAUUGACCUCAUGUUUAUAACGUGGUUUUUGACUCUAACUAAUAGCACCCUCAAUCCCUGGAUCUAUUUCAUUUUCAAUGACAAAUUUCGUCAUGGAGCAAGGCUUAUCUUAGAAAAGUUCUUCCCGUGUUGUUUUAAGGGCGUAAAUGGAGUGGAGGCAAUACAAAACAGUACUCACCAAAUGGUUGGCUUGCCGGUUGAACACUCAGAAACCGUCCAUCAGCGUUAGAAAACGUCACGCAAACUUUAUGUCACGCUAAGUUGCACUAUCGCCUAACAUUCCCCAAAGAAAGGUUGCAAUGGCACAGUAGAGGAGAGAGUUUAGCUCUCAAAUCCCCAGAAGUGAUUAACAUGUAUCUUCUCCCUAUGAUAUUCAUACAUUAUCC